AUGGAAGAGACUGUGGAAAAAGUCCAUAAUACCACUCAUGGAUACGGCUGUUUUGAACACUGCACUCCUCUGGGACACAGCACAUCCGGCACCUCUGCUCCGGUCAGUCGCCUCCUGAGAUGUGGCGCCGCGGUUCUCAUCGUCGGUGCCGUGUUGAUGCUGUGUGCGUCCGCGGCUGCUCUCUACCUGUGGAAAGUCAGUGAUAAAAAUGUUUAUAAUGUUCGUUACAGCAUGAACAUCAAUGGGGAGGUGAGGGAGGGCUCCGUGGAAAUUGAUUCCGACAACAACCUGGAGAGAUUCAAAACUGGGAGCGGAGCCGGGGAAGCGGUGGAGAUUCAUGACUUUCAAAUAGGGAUUACUGGAAUUCGCUUCUUCGGAGGUGACAAGUGCUACAUUAAAUCUCAAAUCAAAGCCAACCUUCCACACGUGGGAGCUCACAACAAAGAGACGCUAAUGUUCGACCUGAUGGAUGAAUUAAUGCCAGUGAGGUUUGACGAGGGGUUCCUGGUUUGGGUCGCAGGAGGACAGCCGCUGACGGACACCAGUUUUCUGAGCAACAAGAUUCUGGGUCUUUGUGGUGAACUUCCCAUUUACUGGCUCCAACCUGCUUUCCCCAAAGAUGGGGAAAGGAGAAAGAGAGACACGCAGCGAGCCAAGCGGCAGUUUAGCGUGGAGGAGUUGGAGGCGCCUGCCGAGGCGAGGGACCCGGUGAGUCACGCCGAGGUCGACGCCUCCAGAGUGGUGGAAGGAGACGAGGAGGAGGGGGCUCAGUCGACGGCAGGGUCGGCAUACAAUCCUGAAAACCCCUAUCAUCGCAGCGGAGCGGCCGGAGAGGAGGGCGCCGUGACCUUUGACUCCAUGUUAGACCACCAGGGGAUCUGCUGCUCGGAUUGCCAACGCAGCUACACUCACUGUCAGAGGAUAUGCGAGCCUCUGCGCGGCUACUGGCCUUGGCCUUACCACUACAGAGGGUGCCAGGUAGCCUGCCGAGUCAUUAUGCCCUGUCGCUGGUGGGUGGCUCGCAUCUUGGGUGUUGUGUGA